GUAAGUUUUCAUUUCCCUCUGUUAUGUUUGGAUUCCCCUUCAGAUGGUUUAACAGAUUUUAUGAGUUUUUCUCUCCCUUGCAGCAGUUUUGCUCUUUUAUUUUGAAUCCUGUUCCCCCCUCUCUCUGCUGGUGACGCUGGGUCUCCAGGCGCCUCCUCCUCUUCAUCCUCCUCCUCCUCCUCCAAACAUGGCGCCGGCUCGCUGCUGGGCUGCCUCCCCGACCGACGACGCAGAAAAGCAGAGAAAGAAGCGCAGACGCAGCGGGUAGAAACUUUCCUUUAACGUUUUUAGAACCUGUUUUUAACUUUCUCCCGCGGCGCUCCCGCUGUUUGGAGAGAUCCACGCCAGACUUUUACGCGCAGCCUGCUUGUUUGGAGACGUUUGCGCGUCAGGCUGUGCGCGUAACGGGCAUCUCACCUGUCCGACGAAGGGAGAUUUCACUCCGCUUGUUGUAGGAUGUGAAUCUCCCUGAUUUCCCCUGGUUGCGGAGCGCAGAGGCGGACAUCUGCGGGGAAAACAUGCGCAGCCCUGUGAGGAGCAGCACCGCAGGCGCAGCUGAGGACUGAGACUUUCCACGGAGGAAAAACACGUUUUCCACUCUUCAGGAUGGAUGGAGAACAUUCUGCUCUGUCGGGAGUUGAGAGGGAAAGAGAGAGGCUUCCACCCAUCUACACCAGCUCUCCUCCUGUUUUGGGACGAGGACCCAAGCAGCCGUUUCCAUCUCUGGGAACCUUCAUCUCCACGCUCAGCCAGAGGAGAGACGCGGGAGGGCGGGGCUUCGCCAUCGGCAUCGGGGGCCCGCUGACCGGCCCGCUGGGGAUCAGGCACACGGUCAGGGAGCUGCCUCCCAUCUGCAGCGACGUCCGGCAGAAGCAGCGGCUCUCCAUCGACACGCUGCCUCAGGAGGUCAAAGCUCCGUUCCCCUGCGACCCCGUCAUCCCGCUCCGGACCAAAACCACCAAGGAGUUCCAGGACGACGUGGAGCGAGCCGCCCAAUCAGGUGACUGGAGGGACGUCAGAGAGUUUUACCUGACGACCUUCGACUCCUUCGUAGAAAUCAACGCCGCCUUCAAGCGGGAGGCCAACGGAUUGUUCAACACUAUCGAGGACUCGGGAGUCAACGGCAAGUUCGUCAGCGCCGUUUACGACUCGCUGCUCAGCACACCUCAGGACAUCCAGAAGUCGGUCUUGAAAGGAAUCAUCAACAGCCUGCUGAGAGAGUGGAAAGGGCCUCGGACAAAAGACGACCUGCGGGCGUAUUUCGUUCUGAUCCAGAACCCCCAGUAUUCCAGCACCAGCACCUACGUGAUCUUCGCUCACCUGCUGCGGCAGAUCGCAGCGCUGUCCGAGGCCGACCACCACUUCCUGGUUCACUGGCUCAAGAGGCUGUCGGCCAGGCGCUUCCGGCAGCUGGUGGAGCGCCUCCUGCAGUUCAUCUCCACGCGCCUGUUUCCUGCAGAGCCAGACGAGCUUCCUCCUCCAGCCAAGUGUUCCUGGUGGAUUCCCUCGGCCACCAAAGUGCUCAGCCUGUUCAAUGCAGCCAACAGCGUCUCCUCUCCUCCCAUCAUGCCCUUCACCGACUUCUACAACAUCACUCUGGAGCACAUUGACUUCAUGGAGGACUACAGGACCUGGCAGAACUACGGCAACUCAAACAGGUUUUCUUUUUGUCAGUUCCCCUUCAUCCUGUCGACCGCGGUGAAGAAAGCCAUCAUCCAGAAGGACUCGGAGCAGCAGAUGAUCAGCCAGGCCAGGCUCAGCCUGGUGAGCAAAGUGUCCCGCAGGCAGAGGGUGGACAUGAACCUGCUGUUCCUCAACAUUAAAGUUCGACGAGCACAACUCCUGAGCGACUCGCUGGAUGAGUUGAUGAGGAAACGGUGCGACCUGAAGAAGAAGCUGCGGGUGACGUUUGUCGGGGAGGCGGGGCUUGACAUGGGCGGUCUGACGAAGGAGUGGUUCCUGCUGCUGGUUCGUCAGAUCUUCCACACCGACUACGGGAUGUUUUCCUUCAUGAAGGACUCGCGCUGCCACUGGUUCAGCAGCUGGAAGAGCGACAACUACUCUGAGUUCCAGAUGGUCGGGACUCUGAUGGGCUUAGCGGUUUACAACAGCAUUGCUCUGGACAUCCACUUCCCUCUCUACUGCUACAGGAAGCUGCUGACUCCGCCCACUGUACCGUCUGAUCCUAAUGCUUUUGUUGGCACGGCAACAGCCACCUUGGACGACCUGCAGCAGGUCAUGCCUGAUCUGGCUCACGGCUUGGCGGAGCUGCUGAGCUACGAGGGAAACGUGGAGGAGGAUUUCUACCUCACCUUCCAGGUGUUCCAAGAGGAGAUGGGCGUAGUCAAAUCCUACAACCUGAAACCCGCAGGAGACAAAAUCCCCGUCACCAAGCAGAACAGGAAGGAGUACGUCCAGCUCUACAUCGACUUCCUGCUGAACAAAUCCAUCUACAAACAGUUUGCCGCCUUCUACCACGGCUUCCACAGCGUGUGUGGCUCAGACGCCCUGAUGCUGCUGCGGCCGGAGGAGGUGGAGAUGCUGGUGUGCGGCAGCCCGGAGUUGGACAUGAUCGCUCUGCAGAAAGCUGCGCAGUACGAAGGCUACAGCAAGAUGGACGCCACUGUGAGGUUCUUCUGGGACGUGGUUCUGGCGUUUCCUCUGGAGCUGCAGAAGAAGCUGCUGCACUUCGCCACCGGCAGCGAUCGCGUUCCCGUCGGAGGAAUGGCCGACCUCAACUUCAAGAUCUGCAAGAUCGACGUUCCGGCAGACUGGCUGCCCGUCUCUCACACCUGCUUCAACCAGAUCUGUUUGCCUCCGUAUCGAACGCGGAAGGAGCUCAAACACAAACUCACCAUCGCCAUCUCCAACGCCGAAGGCUUCGGCCUGGAGUGAAGGCCUGCGGACAGGAACACCAACAGAGACUGUCACUCUGCGUCUGCCGUGGAUCUCUGUGGAUCUCUGUGGAUCAGGAACUGAGCAGGUCCCUUUGUCUCCUGAUCAGACCGGAGCUUUAACCCAACACCUGAACAACGGCUCAACAAAUCGCUUCCACAUCAACUCUGUUGGUUCUGCUUUAACAACCCGAUGAACAGAAACCAAACGGAUGUGCAACACUGUGCAAAAGCUUUUUCCAGUUUACAUGUUUAUUUCCUCAUUGCAGAGCAGAAACGGAAACUCUCUGCCUGCCAAGUGCCUUAAACAGAACAAACCUGCUGCCGUUUUCUAUCCGCUCCUGUUUUAGACCGAUGGUAAAACAUUUUGCAGUAUUUUUAAAGUUUUGUGUUAUUGAUAAACCUUUUGCACAGUAUUGUUGAUGUUAUCUGGGAUAUAAGUCUGACUAGUCUCUGAUAGGUGAAAAUAACUUUAAAAAUUCUCGUUUUAAUGUUGAAACGCGUUAAGUUUGUGCUGAAGUCGGAACAUCAGUGGGUGAAAACGGUGGAGCCUCUAAUGUCAGACAGGAUGGAUUUUGCAGAAAGCAAACAGAAACUCCUGAAGACUAAACUGGACAACAUCCUCCUGUAAUGGCUGCCAGUCUGGACCUAAACAUGGCCGUCAGAGGUUUAACUCUAAAUCUGUUGCUGUAGGUUUACAAACCAUGGUCAGUUUUUCAGAACAAACACAAAUACAGCUGAGAACCUUUUUGACAUUAAGUAUAAAUGCCUCCAGGUUCAGCUGAUGAAGAUCUGGUGUAAAGUUCAACUAAAACAUCUGAAUAAACUCCUAAACUUUCAUUUUAUGAUCUGCACACCUGAUUCCAUGUAUUUAAACAUGGCCGCCAUUCAGGAAGGCUAAUUAUUUAUGUUGGCAUCAUCGUGUUUUCCAGUUGGUAUCAGGCAACAUGUUCUGCUUUUUGCAAAAACCUCCCAUUUCUGCUGCAGCAUUAACAGCAGAGGCUCCAUCUCAUAGUUUCUCAGGUAUUGAUUUGAAUCGAGAAUAUUUUUUCUGGUCCUGUUUAUUCGGUUCUGAACGGAUUAAUCAGGAGAAUUGAGGCGUGGAGGUUUAACUGAAGGUAAAGCUCGUGUAAGUAAGCUAGCUAGCUUGUUGGACAUAACGGUGUUAACGUUUCCUGACGUCCGACACUUUAUGAUUUCCAGAAAUGUUUUUUAUUUGCUUUGUUUGCAGCACACUGUUACGACUGAACGCUUUAUUUUGAAGAAUGCUUUUGUAUAUUACGAGACGCAGCUUGUGGCUUGUUUCCUUUGACAUUGCGGCCGGUUGGAUUGAACAGAGGCUGCAGCAUAAGUGUUGCUUUGCUGUGUUUUGUGACGUUCAGGACCUGCAGACCGGCUUCCAGAUGGGCUGCUGCGUUUGUGUGUUUGGUGCUUUUAAAUUAUUACUCCUUGUUUCGGUCCGUCCAGUCCGGGUCCAACUGCACCGCCUCCAGAUCAAUGUUGUCACUUUAUCCACACCACAUCGAUCGCUCAGACCAGCUCUGCCGACAACCCGACCUACUGACCCAGUUUGGGUUCGGUUUGCCUCAGAGAUCAAAACCUUGGGUCUAGAAAUGAAUCGUCUUCCAGCUGCAGGUUGGAAAGUCAGGGAUGUGUUGCUUAUUUUAUUAGAUUGAACUAAAACGAAAACCAGUUAAAUAGUUCAGUUAAAACUGUUUAUCUCUGGGAAGCGGCCAUGUUGGAUGUAGAGGUUAGUUUCUGACGGAAACAUUAAAGUUGGGAGUUUAAAUUCCAACAUGCGGGUAAAAAAUGCAACAUUGCAGCAUAACUUGAAAACAUCCUGAGCUUGGAUGACAUCUAGAUGUUGGACAGUCUUCAGAUCAGGCACAAUAACACAGAGUCCGAUAUUAUCCAAUGAUCCUGAAAUUAUUCAAACGAAACUCAAUAAAUUAUCUGAUUGAUUGAAAUGAUCAACGCAGGAUUCCCAGUUUACCGUCUCCUAACUGGACCAACUGGAUUUAAAAUCCCAGCUUCAUGUUUACCAUCAUGUCUGUGUUAAAGUCCAGAUGUGAAACAUCAGAACCUUUCCCCAAACACACCACUGAUCUCCUCUUAUAGCGUUAUGGUUAGUUAAAUGCAGGUGGAUAUCACUGGUUAAUUUUAACCACCGUGGCUAAAAGCGUCGAGUCCGGCAGGAUGAACUCCAGUAACCAGCGGUGGUGGUUCUAGUUCUGGCCCGGUUCUAAUCUGGGUCUCUGGGAGGCCACGGUCUGGAAAAGAUCCUCACUCAACAACCCAUUCAGUUUUCACCUCAGUCGUCUGCAGCCCAGAACGUUCAGCUGAUUCUACCGUCUCUUUUGGUGUUGGUUCUGAAUCUGCGGUGCUGUCUGGUCCGAAGUCCCACAUAGCAAACUGAAGUAUCCCGGCAACCGUCGAGAAACUCCUCCGGCUGCACUGUCCAAAUUUACAUGGCUGUAAUCUGGGUCACUCAUUCACUCAGCCAACAAUGGAUCCUUUAUGUUAUGUAAUGAUGGGGCUGGAGCUGCUCUCUGCUGAGAGACGGACCGGGCCAGAACCCCAGAACCGGGCCGCUGGUUAAAGGCUGGACUCUGACAUGACUCAGAAAUGUGUUUGACUUUGACUCGGUUCUGUUGUACGUCAAAUGGACCAAACUGUGUCAGGUUAUACAGUGGAGGAGUGAAGACCCGUUUGAAAAUAGUUCUAACUGGGUCCCGGGUUUGUUGAGAUGUAAUUAUUUUCUCUGGUCAGGUGUUUAAGUUAAACGCGGACGGAUCGGAGGAGCAGCUGACCCGUGCAUGACCCGGUUUGUAAACCCGCUGUGGCUUUUGUUGCUGUGUAAUGAUGUGUGUGACUCCACAGAUAUUUGCAAUAAACCCAAACGAAGGCUCACGCCUCCUGAUAACGGCGG